AUGGAGGUUGCACGCGCCGGGCCAGACCGGCGAAGUGAGACCAUCGUCCGUCCGCCGUCGGACAGCCCAGACGGCACUAUUCCCGCCCCCGGCAUCGAACAGAUCAUCGGCGAGGCGGCUGCCGGCCUGCGCGGCCUCCAGCGCGACGACGGCCAUUGGGUGUUCGAGCUCGAAGCGGACGCGACCAUUCCCGCCGAAUACAUCCUCCUCAAUCACUUCCUGGAUGAGAUCGAUCCCGAGACCGAGGCGCGGCUCGGCACCUAUAUCCGCGCCCGGCAAGGCGAUCACGGCGGCUGGCCGCUCUUUCCUGGCGGCGCGCUCGACAUAAGCUGCACCGUCAAGGCCUACUUCGCGCUCAAGCUGAUCGGCGACGACCCGGAAGCGCCGCACAUGGCCCGCGCGCGCAAGGCCGUGCUCGCCGCCGGCGGCGCGGCGCGGUGCAACGUGUUCACGCGGAUCACCCUCGCACUCUUCGGCCAGGUGCCCUGGCGGGCCGCGCCGGCGAUGCCGGUGGAAAUCAUGCUCCUGCCGCGGUGGUUUCCCUUCCACCUGAGCAAGGUCUCCUACUGGUCGCGCACCACCAUCGUGCCGCUCACGAUCCUGCUCGCACUCAAGCCCAGGGCGAGAAACCCGCGGGGCAUCGGGAUCGCGGAGCUGUUCGCCACCCCGCCGGAGCGGGAAUGGCACUAUUUCCCGAGGCGGACCGCCACCGAAUGGUUCUUCCUGACCCUCGACCGCGUGAUCGCGCUCGGCGAGCGGUCGACGCCGCGAGCGUUGCGACGGCGCGCCAUCGACAAAGCGCUCGACUGGUGCAUGACGCGGCUCAACGGCGAGGACGGCCUCGGCGGGAUCUUUCCGCCGAUGGCCAACGUCCUGAUGGCCUUCGACACACUGGGCUACCCACCGGACCACCCGGCGCGCCGCACCGCCCGCCGCGCGAUCGAUUUGCUGGCGACUGAGCCGGUCGGCGAUAGCCAGUACGUUCAGCCCUGCGUCUCGCCGAUAUGGGACACGGGGCUCGCAGCGCAGAGCCUGAUGGAAUGCGGCGGCGAGGCCGAGCAGCGCGCGGCCCUCGACUCCCUCCCCUGGCUCACCGACCUUCAGAUCCUCGAUGUCGAAGGCGAUUGGGCAGAGACUCGGCCCGAUGCGCCGCCGGGAGGCUGGGCCUUUCAGUACCGCAAUGACUACUACCCGGACGUGGAUGAUACGGCGGUCGUGGGCAUGGCGCUCCACCGGGCCGAUCCCGAGGCGCACCGGGAGGCGAUCGAGCGGGCGGCCGCGUGGAUCGUCGCCAUGCAGAACGAGAACGGCGGCUGGGGCUCCUUCGACGCCGGGAACGAGCACUAUCAUCUCAACCGCAUCCCCUUCGCCGACCACGGGGCUCUCCUCGACCCGGCUACUGCCGAUGUCAGCGCGCGCUGCGUGAGUUUCCUCUGUCAGAUCGGCUAUGCGCGCGAGCAUGACACCGUUGCCAAGGGCAUCGACUAUCUGCUCGCCGACCAGGAAGAGAACGGCUCCUGGUUCGGCCGCUGGGGGACUAAUUCAUCUACGGCACCUGGUCGGUGCUCUGCGCAUUGA